CACACCGGCUGCUCUCCCUCUCUCUAUUGCUUCACAUUAGCGGUUAGCUCGGUCUGUCCCGCUCUCUACCGCCGACCGGCCGCCGCCGACCUUCAUCUUCUUCCUCAGAUUGUUGUGUUUUGUUCGAUACCCUAUAAACCACAUGCCAUCGCCUCCCCUCCUCAUCAGGCUUCAGCUCUCCCUAACUCACCAAUUACCGCUCGCCGCAACAGGCUUAUAGGCAACCAAAAGUUGUUGCAGGUGUAUCAUUCUCUUACUUGAGUUGAGUUUAUUAGCUAAUUAUGGGCAAGAGAAAGAGUCGUAAGCCAGACAAUAGAAGCUCUAAGAGAAGAGUCGCAGAAGAUGAUGCUGCCUCUGAAGAUAUGGACGAUGAAAUUGAUGCCUUUCACCGGCAGAGGGAUGUUAUUCCACUUGAUAUUGAUGGUGAUGCUCCAGAGUCGGAUGGAGAUGAUGAGCAGCCUGUUUUUGAUUUAGAGGGUGUUGAUGAUGACAAUGACGAUGAAGAGGAAAAUAUCCAUGAUACUGGUUUUGCUGCAAAAAUUGCUAGGCAACAGAAAUUCUUACGGGAAAAGUUUGGUGGAGUGGAAGAUGAAAUGCACGAGGAUGAAGAUGAAGACAUGGAAGAACAAAAGACCGUAUGGGGUGGAAGGAAGAGCAAAUACUAUGAUGCUGAUAAUCGUGAUUUUGAGAUCCAAUCCAGUGAUGAUGAGUCCCUUGCAGAAGAGGAGGAAGAGGUAAUCCGAUUGCAGAAGGAGAAAGCAAAGACUUUCUCAUUGGAGGAUUUUGGCCUUGGAGAAGAGAGUGAUAGGGAAUUAACUCUAGAGGAAAUAUCUGCAAAAGGAACUGAUGUAAAAACUUCAGCAAGAAAUGAAGCUCCGGAUGACAUGGAUGCUACAUAUCAGGAGAUUGCUAAAGACGUGAAUGCUCUUACAAGGGAGGAGCAGAUGGAUGUCUUAUGCAGUUCUGCUCCGGAGUUAAUUGGUUUGCUGUCUGAACUGAAUGAAGCACUUGAUCAGCUUGAGAGCAAAGUUAAUCCAGUUUUGAACAAGGUGAAACAACUUGAUGAGAAUCUUCCAUCUGAAUUGGAAGAGAUCAUUAACAAAUAUCACCAGGAAGAAACAGAUGGAAAGUUGGACAAAGAGAAUGCUCCUGUUUUAGCUGAGUCGCUCACAAGAGAUCAGGGAUCUUCUCUUCACUCUUCUGACAGCCAAGAAGUGGGAUUGCCCAAUGCAAAUGCGUGGUCGGAGAAUGUGGAUAAAUUGAAGCAUAAAGGGAAGAAAGAAGGAAAGCACAAACAAAUGGGCGAUCCAAUGGGUGUCCAGAGCAUGGAAAUGUUAAAAGUAAGAGCCCUACUUGAAGAAAAGCUAAAACAGAAGGACUUCACUCUAAUUGAACCAAAGCAAAAUGGAACCAAGAAGCAUCUUCAACCAAUUAAUCGGAAGCUUGAAGCGUAUGCCGAUUUUAAUGAUGAUACUUCAGAUGCUCAGGCUGCUAAAAGGAAUAAGGGCCAAGAUAAUUCUGCCAGUACAGCUGAUCUCUCACGGCUUGUUGCUGCAAAACUAAAGAAGCCCAAGGUUGUUUCUGGUGAUGAUGAUUUGCCUACAAGAGAUGAUAUUGGAGAAAGGCGGAGGAGAUAUGAACUUCAAAUGUUGGCGAGAGCUGGAACCAAGUCAAAGAAUGACUCGAGUGCUCUUGAGGGUGACAGUGAUGGUGACAGUGAUGGUGAUGUGAAAGGAAAUGAUGAAGUUAUAGACUCGGAAGAUGAUUUCUACAAACAAGUGAAACAACAACGAGCUGCAAAACUUGCUGCCAAAUCUGAAAUUUACUCCAGGACCUUGGAAACUCCAUUGUCUCCCGAAACCGUGGACGGAAAACGCAAGAUCAGUUAUCAAAUGGAGAAGAAUCGAGGCCUCACUCGACGUCGAAAGAAGUUGACGAAGAACCCGAGAAAGAAAUACAAGUUGAAGUUUAAAGAUGCAGCAAAUCGUCGCAAAGGUCAGGUCCGGGAAGUUAAGCAACCAAUUCAUUCUUAUGGUGGAGAGACGACGGGAAUUAACCCAGGAAUCAGUCGGAGUAUCCGGUUUAAAAGCUAAAACUGUGGGGUUGUACCAAUUUUGUCAUCUCGAGUUUUACAAUCCUGCUGCUUGUGGCCAUGAGGUAAGAGCCUUUGUUCUUCUAAGUUAUUAGUUUUUUCUAUUAUUAGUUUUCAAGUAGGCAUAGUGUUCUUCAAGAGAGCUUUAGAUGGAUAAAAAAAGUUGGUCAAGUUGUAAAUUGUCCCCAAAAAAUGACCUUAAUUUUGUUUUUGGUCUUUUAUUUUUAAAUGUCAAACUUAUGAAAACUAUUUAUACCCUAUUAUUUGUAGGCUUAAUUGUUUACUUUUGAAAUCUUAGACGAUUAAAAAAGAAAUCACUAGAAGAA